AACGAACGAACCAAACUUGAGGACCAUUUGUUUCCUUUGGAUGAAGAAACAUGCAUAUGUAUAUCCGGAUAAUAUUUUGCGUUGUGAUGCUCUUUUAUUUCCAUCGUGGAAAGCUAGCUAACUACCUAACCUUUGAUUAAAUUAAAUUAAAUUAUUAUAUAUAAAUUUAUGUGAUUUACUAAUAUUGUGUGUUAGACAAUCUGUAGCAGGGAGGACCGAUUUUUAAGCCCAAAAUGAAAAGAUCAAACACCUUCGCUAAAUCAGAAACGAAAAAGGAAAUUAGAAUUGCAAAACCCAAUCAUGAUUUGAGUUCAAUACAGAGACCUCCACUGACUCUUAUUUAUACGCCAAGUAAACAGAUUUGACCGAUAUAAAAAAAAAGUUACAAUAUUUACUAACCAUUUGAAUUUAGUAAUUUAAUAGAACACGAUGGCUGUUCUGGUAAUGGUCCAGAAGUUUAGAGACCGUUUGUGCAAUUAACCAACGGAAAAGUGGAGAUGACGGAGUUAGGAGCGUGGGGGUUGGUGGGAGAUCAAUGCCCGCCAUGCCGCGCGUUAAUAACAGCGCGCCAAAAUGGUUGACACGUGGAGUGGAGUGGGGUCCAGAAGAGAAAAUGAGGAGACAAAUGAAAACCGAACAAAAGAAGAGAAGAGGGACCAACAAGUAACGGGAAUUGGAAUGGAAUCAUCAGACAGUCACGGAAUAGUACUGGCCGGACAUACGGAACAAAAGGGAGAAAAAGAAAUUAACCCCUUCCCGCUAAUUCCGCUCCUCUCUCUUUCUCCUCACCCACACUCACACUUUCACUUUCACACUCUCACUCCUCAAUUGGCAUGCUACCGAAUCGCGACGAUCAUAUGUAUCAUCAAUGACGGCAUGAGAUUUUGAUAUAUUAAAAAUAUCAUUCAUGUGGUGAUAUUAGAAUCACAUCAGAAGAUUAUAUCGAUCAAUAUGGUAUGCUUCAAGUACUAUGAACCAACCAAGAUUAAUGAAUAAAUAAGGAGUGUUUCAGAUCACUACGAAUCAGUUCGAAAUAAGCAAUAAUCAUUAACGAAUCAAUGCCUCCAUGUUCAAACGAUAUAUUGAUUGCAAUGCCAUAUAAAAGCCAAAAAUUACUCCAUGAUUAGGGUGGAAAUGAAGCACAAUUUCAUUGUUCAAUUUAAAGCUUUCUUUCACAAGAUUAGCUAGAUUGUAAUAACUUUCACAUGGAGAACACACGCAAAAUUCAUUCUUACACUUCAAAAACAAUCCUUUAUUCGAAAAUCAUAAAGGCAGAAUUUUAAUGCUGCACCUAAUCCCAAAAAUAAUUCCUUCGCAUAGGGAAAUAUAGGAAAAUAAUAACUAAAAAUAAAAAAACGUUUUUGGACUUUGGCUACAUUUUCCACCCCCUCCGUCCGUCCGUCUCCCAACUCCCAAACCUAUUAUCUCCUCCCAAGAAAACAAAAUAAUAAAAAUAAAAAAUAUUGUACCUGCCAAGUACUCUUACCCGUACCAUCUUUCUCCUCCUUCCUUCCGUCUUUUUUAUAUAUAUUCCCUUCCUUCCCCUUCCCUUCACGCCUCUCCCUCUUCUCUCUCUGAAACGGUUACACAAAGUAAAGCAACUCUCUCUCUCUCUCUCUCUCCUCCUUCCUCCACCUCCGCCGCUGAUCUCCGGUCAGAUUCAGUUCCAAAAAAAUCAAACUCAUCCGAUUAUGAAGCAAUUAAUCCGCCGCCUCUCCCGCGUGGCCGACUCCUCCACCUACAGCCUCCUCCGCUCCGACUCCCACCACAACCGCCGCCGCGCCGCCGCCUCCGCCGCCGGGAGAGCGGAAUCGUUCCGGUCGCUGGUGAAGGCGGCGAGGAGAUCCAGCUGCGGGAAGGCCGUCCCGCACGGGUACGUCCCCGUCUACGUCGGCGACGAGAUGGAGCGGUUCGUGGUGAGCGCCGAGCUCCUCAACCACCCGGUCUUCGUCGGCCUCCUCAACAAGUCGGCGCAGGAGUACGGCUACGAGCAGCAAGGCGGGCUCCGGAUCCCCUGCCACGUCCUCGUCUUCGAGCGGGUCAUGGAGGCGAUUCGACUCGGCCUCGAGUCACACGACCUCGACGACCUCCUCGGCUCCUGCUCCGCUUCCGUUUCUGCUGCUGCUGCUUCCUCCGGCGCGGCUGCCGUCUCCGUCGGAUACUUAUGAGAAUUGCCGUCUCUCCGAUUUAGUGAUUUUUUUUUAGAUUUGGGGGAGAAUUGAUUUCACAGAAAAAGGAAAGUGAAAAAAAAGGGUGGGAGAGAGAUGUUUUGGGAGUAGGUGGUUUUUACCGCUGUAAAUACAGGAGGUUAUUUUUAGUUACCUUUCUAGAUGAUGAUGAUAAUGAUGAUAAUUUUUUUUUACCAUGGUGAUGUGUCAUGGGUUGGGGGAGCUGUAAUUUUUAUUCUUAAUGGAGUUGUCCGUCCGUUGUAAAACACAGCUACUGAGACAGGCAAGCAAUGGAAGAAGAUAAUUUUAGAGUUAAUUAAUUAAAAAAAUUCUACCGUUUCCCUGUAAAUUCGAUUUCCCUCCUUUCUUUUACCCGUCAAUGUCGGCUUCGAUUUAAUUGGUGGCCGGCCGGCCGGCCGAGGGAAUCGGGUCGGGGGAUUGGUGGCAGGACAGAGAUGUAAUUUCUCACCCAGUGGAGGAGACAAAACGAGGAUGGAAGGACAAGGUAGAAUCUAUGCCCUGUUUGAUAGGGUUAGGUUGGAUUAUAAUUCAUUGUUCCUUCCUUCCAAAUCACUACAUUUUGGGGCAUCGGUGAAAAAGUUUAGGUAGUAAUUGGAAAUACGACUGUACGGUUGAGUUUGGUGGAGGAACAGUGAGUUUAGCAGACAAUUUUGGCUUCUAAGCUCCCCUUGGAGCUCAAUUAUACUCAAAUUGUCCAUUAAAUGUUCAAUGCAUACGACUCGUGCUUCAUUCUGUAUGAUACAAACAAGAAUGUUAAAACAAACGAGCACUAAUUUUUUGCUCUCGGAUUUUGUUUACAUUACAACAACCCAAUGCUUAUGCAUGCACUGGUGGAUAGGGUAACCAUAGUAUGGCAAAACAAGACAAUUCAACUAUUCGCAUUAAGGUAGAUAUAUAUAAGUAAGGAUGUCACUAGACGAAUUAAUCCAUCCAGUGGAGCACGUCGUGAAUUCAAAAUAAAUCGCUCAUUUUCUUCUCACAUCUUUUGUUUACAAAAAUGAGUAUGAUGCUUUACUGUAAGGACGACGUCCUUACGUUUUUAUCCGCCUAAUUAAAAAUCAUUGAGUGAGAAUCACAAGAAACACAAUAUAUCAUAAGUAUUACAUCCAUUGGGUUAUAGUAGGACAGAUGGGUGAUUGCUUAGCAUUAAGAAAAAUUUCACAAGUAUUAACGGAAUCGGGUCAGAUUGGUCCUGUAAAAGUGGGUAAUGUCAUUUAGUCAUUUUGUUGAUGUGACUUGAAUCGGAGCCACUACGACUGGAAGUCAUGGAGUUAUUUGAGUUUGUAUUAUGGGCCUGGUUGUAACCGUUUUUUCUUUACCAGAUUUGACUAGGGUUAGACCUAGGAGAAGUAGUAGGAUCAUUUCUUACAUUGUCGAAUUCUCGUAUUUCCUGAUCCGGAGAAAACAGCCGUGACACAUUUUUUUUCUAGUUAGUUUAUAGUCGGACAGCUGGGGUGAUAGAGGUGUUAAUGUUAAGGAAGAGUAUUAAUUUUACGUGCUAUUACAAAUCGAACAAUACAAGAGAAGCCAAGCCGUCUUAUUAGCACCACACUGACCCCGAAUGCCUCCAAAGGGACAAAGAAGAAGACAGUUUAAUUUAUAUAUAUAAAAAAAUACGAAUUUUCCUUAGGAGAAGUAAAAGGCCAAAAUUAAGAAAAUUACAAAGAACCCCUCACAUGUAAAACAGUGACCCUCAGAAGCCAAUGGAAGCUUUGGGGUUCAUUAAGUAUAUUAUUAUUGUUUAGACCGGAAGUCAUUUGCAAGAGAAUAGUACGGAAUUAAUGGUGGCCACAUAUGUGACUGUCACAUUUUUUGUUUAUGUUGAAUUAGUAUUAGUAAUCAUAAUCACGAGUCACGACUAAUUAUAAAGAGUCAUGAAUCUGACCAUUUCAUGCUUAAGUACUCUCACCUAAUCUCAUAUGAUAGGUAAGAUUCAGGUUCAUCGAUCGCCCCUGUCUAUACACAUAUAUUUCUGUUUAGGUUUAAUACUUGAAUAUAAUUAAUCCAUGGCUUAAGCUUGAUGAGUUUCGCCUCUUUUCUGUUCAGGCAAUUAGCAAUAAUUUGUUUUAACUGUGCACAUCUGUCGGCAGGUUAAUUACCAUGGCAAAAGUGCAACAAAGCACAACUUUGCCCCCUUCGCUGGUUGGUGAUUGGUGAAUGGUUUAAGCCUCAAUCAUGUUUAUAUAUAAUAUAGGUGGUAUGGCGUAAUCGAAUUGUAGAGUAAACUUCUCCUUCCUCCGUAAAUUCCUUUUAAGCAGCAUGUGUAUUGUGUACAGAUAAAAAAAAACAUCUCAACAACUGAAAUCGUUAGAAAAUCCCUCAGACAAAUGGCUGAUUACUAGGUUCGAAAAACUAUAAAAUUUCACUAUGUGUACAUGUUAGGUUUAUUCAAGUGUCAAUGUUCGGAGUGUACCAUGAGCAUCAAAAAACACGAUUAUGUAGCUAGUAGCAUAUACAUACAUACCAGACAUGAUUGCUUUGCAUUGGUGUGACGUUUAUGACUCAUCAUCAAGCUGCAUAAUUAGCCAAUUAGGUGGCAAACCACAACUUGAUUUGCUUGAACUGACGUUUAUGGUUAAUACACGGGCUAACUAGAUAUGCAGAUGGGAUAAUCAACCCAAUAAUUCAAACUAAUUAAGAUUAUAUAGGAGAGGACCUACCCACAAUAAUAAUGUAUGUAUAUGGACGGUCUCAUAAAUCAAAUCCAUUUGACACAUACCCUUCCACAAUCAUCAUCCAUUAAUAUUUUUUUAGUUUCCUUGAGUUUAUCAGUGAUUUGAGAUGAUGUAUUAUAAGGAAUCAAAGGAUGCGUUGUUUAUACUAAACAUGGUUGUACAUUGAUGGAUAUUUAUCCAUAGUUGUAUUAGCCCAACUGUGUUAAGAGGAGUGGGGCUCAUUUGCUACGCUAGCUAGUCCGCCGAUUUCGGUUCGAUCGAGUAGUUCUCAGUUACGAUGGGCAAGUAUAACUCUUGUUGAUGUAAAAUCAAAAUCAUUAGUGGUUGGACCUAGUUAGUAACUCAUAUCUCGAUCAUUUCUUAAUUCAUUCGUAUAAUUUUUUCUUCUUAGUUACAAUCAUAUUAUUCAAGUCAUCGACGUAUCCUUGUGAUCAUGGUAGGUUUUGUUUAUUAGAAAAUGAAGAUUGGGUUUCAAUUAGUUUUUUCCAGUUACUCCAGCAAUUUUUUGUAUUAAAAAACGAACACUAAGCAAUAAAGAAAAUGCUCAAUCAAGUAUACCAAGGAAAAAUACAGAAAAUUAUACAUAUACAAAUGUGGUGUCACAUGACACCCUAGCUAAAUAAUUAGAUCUGCAAAACUAGCUUGCUAAGCUUAGCUUAUGUGAACACAUGAUAAUGAGCUAGCUAAACCCUCAGAUUUAUUCAAUUAAUUGUCAAUAGAAGGCAAUUAAGUAAUAUUGAGUAGCAAUCAUUAGUUACAUUAAUUAUUCGAAGGUUAUUACAAUAAGGCAAAUUAUAAUAAUAUGCAUAGUCAAGC